AUGCUCUCGCUCGCCCUCUUUCCUCCCCGUCAUUGCUCUCUCUUGUCUCUUCAUCCUUGCUCUCUCCUUCUCUCUUUGCUUUUCAUCCUUGAUCUCUCUGACCUGUCUCUUCAUCCUUGCUCUCUCCCUGUCUCUUUGCUCUCCAAAAGUGCUCUCUCUCCCUCGAUCUUUCUCUUGUCUUUUCAUCGUGGCUCUUUCCUGCUCUCUCUGCUUUUCAUACUUGAUCUCUCUCACCUGUCUCUUCAUCCUUGCUCUCUCCCUGUCUCUUUGCUCUCCAGCUGUGCUCUCUCUAUCGUUGCUCUCUCCUUCUAUCUUUGCUUUUCAUCCUUGACUUCUCUGACCUGUCUCUUCAUCCUUGUUCUUUCCCUGGCUCGUUGCUCUCUUUCUGUGCCCCCUCUCCUGUCUCAUCAUCUUUGCUCUCUACAUAUCUCUUUGCUUUCCAUCCUUGAUCUCUCUUCUGUCUCUUGA